AUGUCUGGUAUUCCUACUACUGAUGCGAUCGAUCGUUAUGUACAAGGAUCUUACUUUGUUUUCCAAGUCGUUCAUGUCUUUUUGGUUGUUACUAUUUCAAGUAGUGUUUCGAGUGUCAUAGUCGCUAUUAUUCAAAAUCCUCCAAGUGCCGCAACAAUACUUGCUGCAAAUAUUCCAACUGCAAGUAAUUUUUUCUUCAGUUUUCUGGCAUUAAAAGGAUUAGCUAUGACUUCUGGUGUUUUAUUACAAAUUGUUACACUCAUCUCAUUUUAUCUUAUGGGAACAUUAUUCGAUAAUACCCCACGAAAAAAAUCGAAACGUUACUUCACACUCAGUAAUAUCAAUUGGGGCACGAUGUUUCCUGCUUUCACAAAUUUUGUUGUAAUUAGUCUAGUUUACUCGGUCAUCGCACCUCUGAUUCUUGUCAUUUCCGGAUUAGCAUUCGGCUUAUUUUAUGUUGCCUACGUUUACAAUAUAUUUUACGUCUCGGAUUUUCCAAACGACACCGGCGGUCUUGCAUUUUCAAGAGCAAUUUAUCAAUCAUUUACAGGUAUUUAUCUUAUGGAAAUUAUGCUUGCAGCACUUUUCUUUCUGGCACAGAAUGAAUCUGGUUCACAAUCGGCUAUUCCCGAAGGCAUAUUAAUGUGUGUAUUGAUCUUUAUCACGAUCGUUGUUCAAUAUUUGAUGAGCUCAAGCUUCGAUCCUCUCACGCACUAUUUGCCUAUCGAUGCAGAAGAAUUCUCACGACUGGAAAAUCCCAUUUCUGGAAAAUUUGCAUGGGCGAAGGCGGCGAUCAAUAUUCUGAAUGUUUCUGGAAGAUCGGAUAGUAUCGACACUGUCAACAAUAUAGAGAACAUGGCGAUGGAGUCAUACGAUAAUACAAUGGCGGACGCAUAUAUGCAUCCAGCGAUACGGGAUCCCAAACCAAUAGUCUGGAUUCCGCAAGAUAAAUUGGGUAUUGCGACAGAUGAAGUACAGCGAACUCUAGCUUCCGGUUUGGAUAUUUUUAUGUCAACUGAAGGUGCACGAUUCGAUGAAAAGAACAAUAUCAAGAUCGACGGUCCGUCUCCCACUAUGAUUGAAAUCACAACAGUAGACACCAUUCGAAAUCGUUUUUAG